GGCAGUUGCUCGUCUUAAAUGAAGAAUGACAUCUCGUGAAUAUACUCUCGAUCAAUUGACGCCCCUCGUCUGUCAUUGCUUUCUUUCCACCGAAGAGAACCCUUCGUUGUCAUGGCUGAAGAUGUCCCGUUGCUCGAGGAAGACCACUCGGACCUAGUGGCCGCCGUGCAUGACGAGUACAUCGACACGCGACCAUCGCGGAAACGAGGUGUCGUCGCGGAACGACUGCGGUCGACAUGCGCUCUGUUCAACGCUCACUUGAGGGCAUGGAAGAACCUCUACAUCUGCGCCUUGCUCAUCGUGGUCCUGGAAAUUCCCCUGUUCAUGUCAGCCGCUCCCACGAUUCAACUGCUGGAAAAUGUCGUGUGCUACAGAAUGUACGGCCAGGACGCCGACCACGACACGUGCCAGAACAAGGAGGUCCAGACGUAUAUUGCGCAGGUGAAAAGCGUCCUUGCCGUCCUUGCGGCUGUUCCAAGUAUUUUUAUUUCCCUCUUCUCCGCCCCCCUUUCGCAUUGCUCGUAACAAUGGCUAACAACUUCAGGCUUGGUACUGGCUGUGCCAUACGGCAUGCUCGCCGAUCGCAUAGGGCGAAAGUCCGUCGUGGGGAUGACCGUCUUUGCCGCAUUUUGCUGCUACGUAUGGUCAUUCUGCGUGCUCUACUUCUACAAGACUCUGCCGUUCGCUCUGAUUUACGUUUACCCGUUGUUUCUUUGGUUCGGUGGUGGAGGAUAUGUUGCUGGAUCUAUCAUUACGGCCAUUGCAGCUGAGGUUGUGCCUAGUGAAGACUCGAGAACGAGGGCCUUCUUCUUGCUCGGCGUGAUUAGCAUGCUCGUCGCCGUCGCAGCUCCACCAGUCGGUGCCCGCAUCAUGCAUUAUCAUGGCCCGUAUGUGGCUUAUGGGCUGAACAUUCCUCUGUCCGUGUGCGCCGUCAUCCCGCUUGUGCUAUUGCCGGAGACAGCAAAAGGAAAGAGUUUACAAGAAAAUACCGAAGAUGACGGCAUGAUAGGAACCCCCAACAAGGCCUCCACGCUAAGAACUGGGUGGAAGGAGCUCAAGUCGCACGUAGUCAACGACUUCUUCCCGCUGCUGAAGUCAAUACCCAUCGUGAUCGGGCUGCUUAGCAUGGUCAUCGGCAGCUUCGCGGUGGCGGUUGGGGAGAUUAUCAUUCAGUAUAUGAAAGCGCGGUUCGGCUGGAGCUAUGAGAAGUCGACGAACGUGAUAGCCUUUUCUGCUGCCAUGCGCGUGCUCUUGCUGUGCACUGUGCUUCCUUUCGCGCACAAACAGCUGACAAAACGAUACGAGACCCGAAAGGCAGACCUCGUCCUGUGCAAGCUUAGCCUGCCCUUCGAGUGCAUCUGCUUCUUGGUCUUCGGCCUCAGCGCCACGCCCGCCGGCGCCUGGGUUGCCGUCGCCAUCGGAAACUUCGGUCUAGGCUUUGGAGGCGCCAUGAGAUCCUACAUGACGGCGCUUGUCCCGGAGCAUGACAUAGCUCUUCUGUACACACUAAUCGGCACCGCUGGCGCGAUUGGAAACCUGUUCGCGUCAGCUGUUCUGCAGUUGACACUCGCUGUCGGAAUCCGUGCCGGCGGAAUGCUGGUCGGCCUACCCUUCUUCCUUAUUGCUUCCUUGUACGGAAUCAACGUCUUACUGGUCUGGUGUCUGCGUUCUCCCCCGCCGAAAGCUAUGGUGGAUGAUGAACCCAUACCUUCACAGGGCGAUAUUCGAAUAUGACAAAAAUCUAAACGUUUAGACAAUGUAAAUGGCGUCAACAUUCCGCCAGUUGUUUUGUGUAUAUAUUUGUGUACAUGCAUAUCUGCGUAAUCUCAUUCUUCCAUGUUUCUGCA